UUUGCUUUCAGCGUCAGAGAAGCAACCGGUGUGGAGGAGUUUCAGCGGAGAGAACCUCACUGUCAACUGGUUGCUAAGACUACAAGUUAAGGAUAACACAAGAAGGAGACUUCAGUGUGAUAUUGUGAGAUAUUUAGUAGUGUUUUACUAAUGCUGGGACGUUGUUGAACGCUUAGAAACAUUUCAGCGUGCCUCUGGUCUCCUCUCCGGCUGCCUAAUGCUUCUUCAUCAGUUCAUGAACGGAGCUCUUGAAGUCAUGCAUCCAACCUCGCUGCAGAAAGACACAACUUUUACCAAAAUCUUUGUCGGCGGGCUGCCGUACCACACGAACGAUGCCUCUCUCAGAAAAUACUUCGAGGCCUUCGGGGACAUUGACGAGGCGGUGGUGAUAACGGACAGACAGACCGGUAAAUCCAGAGGAUACGGCUUUGUGACUAUGACAGACAGAGGAGCAGCAGAGAGAGCCUGCAAGGAUCCCAACCCCAUAAUCGAUGGCAGGAAGGCCAACGUGAACCUGGCCUACCUGGGUGCUAAACCACGCAGCAUACAGACAGGCAUAUCCAUCGGAGUGCAGCCCAUUCACCCAGCACUCAUCCAGAGGCAGUAUGGGAUGGCCCAACCAUAUGUCUACCCACAAGCCUUUGUGCAGCCCAGCUUGGUGCUGCCCACUCAGGUCUCCACCUCCAUCAGCACCAGUCCCUACCUGGACUACAGCGCAGCCUACUCUCAGUACGCCCAGGCAGCCUUUGAGCAGCAGUACCCCUACGCCGCAUCCCCGGCCGGCUUCCUGGGCUACAGCUACGCCACCAGCCCCACAGCCACCGCCAGCCAAGCCUCUGCCGCCACAGCUCCAGCCACUGUCCACCCCAGCCUCUCCUCCACAGCUGGAGCAGGACAAGCUUUCCUGCACUACGCCCCGCAGCAGCACAUCCAACCGGACCGCAUGCAGUGAUCUGAAGACAGAAGAAGAGGCACGGGUGGGGAAGGAGAAGGAGGAGGGGGCUGUGGUUGUGGACCUUUUGGAUGGCAAACACCCUACAGGGUCUCCCAGCUUUACUCAGCAGGGGCUUUCAGGAAGAUGGGUGGGACUAUUGCACUAUACGAUCUGGAUGAGCCGUUUGCUCAUUGGUUAAAGGGUAACGAGGCAGGGAGGGGCUAGAGGAUUGUCAAGGUUCAGGUGGGGAAGCUGAUCAGCAAAAAGUUUGUGGUCACUUCCAAGGGCUUCCAGAAGCUGACACUUCAUUUUUUAUUGUUAUUUUUAUUAUUCUAUUGUCCUUAUUAUUGUAUUAAUGUCAUUGUUUGUUUGUAUGCCAUUAUUAUCAAUGUUACCAUGUUGUUGGCUCAAUCAGGGGGUGUGUCUAAGGUACAUAGUGGUGAGGUGUGUGGGACAUGUAACCCUCUUUUCUCCCGCCACCAUAGUCAGAGUUGAAGGGCUUUGCUGCUUUAGGAAAGUGGGAGGAGUUAUAGAUGAGUGCAGGGUGAAGACAGGUUGGUGAUAAGGGGAGGCAGGAAGCCUCUCGGCCUCCCUGUGGUCCCAUCCUGCUGCCAUCUGCAGAGAGCGAUCAAACCUCCAGCGCUGAGUUCUGCACCGAAGGACAACGAAAGAUUUCACCUCAAGGACAAGAGACUGUGGUUUCAGGACUAUUUUUUUUAGAAUUCUUUUUAAUUAAAGAGGCCUUAAUAAAAAAGAAACUUCUUUUUGAAUAUCCUGUUUUUUAAGUGCUCUCCCCACCACGGAACCAAGUGCAGAGAGCCCAACAUAACUGACCUUCAGCUGUCAGUGACUUUAUCUGGCUUACUUGGGUCUUGAUAAUUUCAAAUGGAUGUAGAUAAUCACAUGCAGUAUGUGGGCCAUGGGGACCAGGAGCGCUGAGUAUAUACAUACAUGAUGAAAGGUAGCUGACACUGAGCUCAAACACCAGUGUAUUUUAUUUUCUCUUUUUCUCACUGAGAUUUUCACAAACUGUUGCGCCUGAAAGGACAUUCAUGUACAGCAAAUGUUUUAUGUCAUCAAGUACAUUUACAAUAUUUAUAUGUAGGUAUUUAUAUGAGGUACUAAGUUAAAAAUAGCUUUUUGUUACUAUGACUCUAGUUGUGUAACUGAUGUCAUUUAACCUGCAGAGGCAUUCCUGCAAAUCCAGGUGUCGUCUUCAUUUUGUUGCUAUGUCCAUUGAUUUGGUGCAUGGCAGCGACAGUAGAUGCUUGUUUAUAGAUCCCUGACAGAUCGGAUCAGAAAUUCUCUAGAUUUUUUUUUUUUCAAUAAAAAUGUCUUUUACAGUCCCUUCAAAGAAGCCAUACAUUAAAAAAAUAAAGACUUUUUAAUUAAAGAUG